CAACAACCCCAAAUCACCGCAAAUCCCCUCUCUCUCUCUCUCUCUCUCUCUCUCUCUAAAAAACAUAACACAGCAUUCAUUCAAUUGCAUUCAAUUUAGGCACCUACUACUGCGUUUGCUCUCUCUCCCAUCACCACUCCACCAUACAUAUAUACACACACAUAUAGAUUGAUAUACAUACAGUGAGAGAGAGAGAGAACACACACAGAGAGAGAGAUGCAGCCCCUUGUUCCCAGACUCCCCACUCUAAGUCUCCACGUGCCCCUCACGUUCCUCUCAUUUAGCACUCUUCUCGUGGCAUCUCCCUCUUAAAUACCAGCCCCCAACCUCGCAGCAAUCUCUUUCUCUCUACUCUGAUAUUUCGUUUUCCUUCUCUUUAUGCCUAGCGCAUUUGGUCUUAUGGAGACGCCACCACCUCCAUUCUUCACCGUACCCGGCGCCGCAACCACCGUGGCUUUACCUCCGCCGAUCCCCUACGCCGGAGACGGCCCCUCUACCUCCCCCUCCUUCUCCAUCAUAAUAGUGGUCAUCAUCAUAGCCUCCGCCAUCAUUGUCUCCGCCUCCAUCUACCUCCUCCUCCGCUGCUUCGGCCGCCGCUCCUUGUCCGCAGCAGACGACGUCGUCGUCUCCUCCUCCCACCACGCGCGCCACCACAACCGCUGCGAUCUCCUCGCGCAACAAACCGACGACGAUCUCAACAGCUCUCUCCCCGUCUUCACGUUCGGCUCCGUCACCGGCAACAUCGUCGGCGGCGACUGCGCCGUCUGUCUGUCCAAGUUCGAGCCCAACGACCAGCUCCGGUUACUCCCCCUCUGUUGCCACGCGUUCCACACGCAAUGCAUCGACGCGUGGCUGUUAUCCAAUCAGACGUGUCCUCUGUGCAGGUCCACCGUACAUCCCACGGAGACCGACGUAAUGAAUAAAAUCCUCUCCUCAUCCGCCCCCGCCGCCGGAGGAGAAGGAAACAGUUUCCGCAUCGAGAUCGGGAGUUUGAGCCGGCGACGAGAGUCCGGCGGCCGGAGAUCGUACUCGGUCGGCUCGUUCGAGUACAUUGUCGACGAAGGAGGCCACGAGGUUGCCGUCGAGUUGACUCACCGCCGAGGAGUCUCGGAUGAUAAGGAGUCGACGGGAGUUCCGCCGCCUGGAGAUGGUUUGGCCGGGGAAGUCGCCGGGCGGAGCUGGUUGAGAGAUUACGUGGAUCGAAUCGCGUCGAUUUCGUCCCGCACGCUGUCGUUUCGGAGCUCCGGUAGGUUUUUCACCGGCAGCAGCAGGCGGAGCGACGCCGUUGAGGAUUUGGAGGCAAAUCGUGUUGGAGAAGAGAUCAGCGAGUUGUUUCGGUGGGUCUCUGGGGUAUAAUUGUAAAUUCGUUUCUCCGAAUUUGUAGUAAUUCCAAAUUUUGCUCCUUCCACUCCUGUGGUUUUAGGAGUGGAUGUAGUAAAAAAAUGGAAUGAUUCAUUUUCAUAUUCUUCCCUUUCGGAUCAUAUAUACAGAAUCUAUAAAAUAGGUAGGUAUUAGUACUAUUUGGAGUAGAGAUUUCUUUGGGCCAUAAUUGUAAUUCCAACUUUUGCUCCUUCCACUCUUAAAGUUAAGAGUGGGUGUAACAAAAAAUGGGAUGAUUCUGAAUUCAUCAGUUUCCCUUUCGAAUCAUAUAUACAGGAUCUAUAAACUAGAUUGUUAUUA